AUGACCUCGACUGCAUCACUCAGUUCGGAGUACCUUUGGUUCUGUUCGGGAAGGCAAUCUGGCCCUGAGGAUGGCAGAGCACCACAACCCGAUUGGCAUUUCGGGCGUCGAAAGGUGAUCUACACACCAUCAACUGGAGAAUGGAGGCCCGCACUUAUUCUAGAAUUCAUUCCGGACAGACCGUCCAUGCGAAUGGCUCGAAUGCAAAGUCAUCGACAUCGCCGGUAG